CAGCUGUGAAACACAUAAGUGCCAAUUCAUCCUGACUGUUGAGUAGUCGUUCAUAUACUUUAAGGAGGCAGGAAAACAAUCUCUUUUUGGUGGGCCACCCAUCCCCCUGCAUCACCAUGUCCAAGUACCUGAAGCAUUUCUCCACGGUAGGUGAUGACCACACAACCCAGUGGCAGGAUGAGGAGCUGCAUGAGGCUAGUGAGGAGCUGGGACCAGCCACAGGACAGAUGCCCCUGGGGGAACUCACCUUCAGAGACUCCCUGAAGAGGCUCUACAGCGCCAACAGAUUCCAGAUAGUUGUGGUGUGCCUGGUCAUCCUGGAUGCCAUCUUUGUGCUGGUCGAGCUACUGAUCGACGUGUCAAUCAUCGAUUUGGAGCAUGGACACAUUGCCCCUCAGGUGUUCCACUACCUGAGUCUGGCUCUUCUCACCUUCUUCAUGGUGGAGCUGGCUGGGAAGCUCUUUGCUUACCAGCUUGAGUUUUUCUAUCACAAGUUUGAGGUGUUUGACGGACUGGUGGUGAUUGUGUCCUUCAUCCUGGAUGUUGUGUAUACAGCCAGUGAAGAUGCUUUUAACGCCUCCAUGGGCCUCCUGAUCCUCCUCAGACUCUGGAGGGUGGCCAGGAUAGUCAACGGUAUCCUGUUGUCUGUGAAGACAAGGGCCGAUCACAAAGUUCACAAGCUGAAGGAGAGCAAUGAUAAACUGGUCCUGCAAGUUAAUGAGCUACAAGAGCGCAGCGGCAAGACGGAACAAGAGAACAGUAAACUACGGGCUCUCCUGCGACAGCAUGCAAUUGAGUUCUGAUGCAGGAAGAGGAACAAGAUGCCAUUUUCAUUAUCCACUUAUAACAUUUUAUUGGAAUUGAUCAAUAAACAAGGGUAUAUUCUGAAAAGUGUUGACCAUCCAUACACCAUUUGUGUCAGUAAUUCCACCAUGACAGGCGCUUACACUGUCCAGAUAGAUAGGUCCCUGUUUGUACUCUUGCCAACUCAAUUGCUGUCAUUGUCAAACCAAACAUUUGGCAUGACAAUGAAUGACAAGGAGUUGGUAUGAUAGCACAAAGACUGGCACUCAGGCUAGAUAGAUUCCACAUGAUUAGGUCAACCUUCCAACCAUUAUCUGCAUAUUUAAGCAGAUUUUAAAAGCUGAUCAGAUUUCAUUGAUUAGUAUGAUUCAUAUCAUAUGCCAGUAUCCCACUUUGCAAUGAGCAUACGUCUUAUUUGAGAUAUAUAUAUAUAUAGAUAUGGAUUUAUGUGCUAUGCCUUUACUCAGUUAAGCAAUGAAUUGACAGCUAAUGUUUUGUACAUAACAUCCUGUAAUGAAUUUGUUGCAUCUUGCUGUUUUUCUGAAUCCCACUGUUGCUUGCUAUGCAAAGACAAUACAAGUAUGAAUCACUGUGAAAGUAUUAUGAAAUGUUGUUAAAAAUAAAAAAGAAUUCUCCAGCUAUCUCAUUUGAUCUAAACUACAGUAUGUACAAAUAAAUAACAGCAUUUGAGUGCCAUCAGAGAACCAUCAGUGCAAAAUCAGGGUUUUUUUGCCAUACAUUUUGGUCAGUGUACCAGGUGACUAAAGAGAGGCGCUGUUCCAAUAUCCACACUAGCAUUUCACUAAGAAUUAAGCAAUGUAUUGACCAUGCAUUCUAAGACAUAUGCUGGUGAGGAUAUUAAAACAUAGCCGCGGUUUCUCGUGUGUGUGUGUGUGUGCGCAACACCUGCCCACUCUUCCGUCUGUCAGUCGUUCACACAAAAGG